AAUAAAAAUUGGGCGAAACAACUUAUAAGACAAAAUAAUUAUCGAACUAAAAUUUCUCAUAGUAAUCAUUCAGUUUUUGUUCAUGAUAUUUCUCAGUUAUCAAUUUUACCUGAACAUGGGUUUAUAGAAAAUACGCUUCAAGAACAAAAUCCUGUAUAUAUUAGAUUAUAUGUACCUGAAAUUGAUAGCGAUGUUGAAAAAAAAUUUGGUCUUGAUUCAUCUUUUACUAAUGCAACACAAUUACUUUUACGAUUUGAAAAUCAGAAUUCUCUUUUAUCUUAUAUUAAUAAUUCACAAAAUUUACAAUACAAAGGACAAAUAUCAUUACUAUUUUUAUUAGGAUUUAUAAAUACUGAAAAUGUUCAAUGGUUAUGGGGUUUUAUUGGAAGUUAUUUUUUACAUAUUUUUGAUAAAGAAAAACAAUUUUAUCUAGAAGAAAAAGAAACAUUACAUACUAUAAAUUUAGGAAAACAAUUAGCCAAAUCUAAUAAUAAAUCAUUAAAAAGAAAAGCAACACUUCUUGAAUCUGAAGGCUGGGAAACUGCGCAAUCAAUUGUACAACAACUUGGUCAAAAAUUAAAAAGUACUACUUCAAAUUUACAAAAUAUACGUAAAAAGUUAUCCUGGGCACAAGCAAAAAUUUUAACAUUGCAAGAACUAUUAGAAAAUGAAUCUAAUUCAUCAAGAUACAAUGGAAAAUCUCAAUAUUUUCAAAAUCAAGAAAAAUUUUUUAAUGAAAUUAAAAAUACAACUGAAGCUAGUGCAAAUAAUGCAUUAAAUAUAGCUUGUAAGGAAGUUAUUUCAAAAAAAAUAAAAUUUUAG